AUGUCGGACGGAAGAGCAGACCAGGAAUCGGUAGAGGAGGCAGUCUUUAAGUACGUGGGUGUGGACCUGCAGGGCGGGAAGCACGACGAAGGUCACCCCCACGAGCUCGAGGCCGCGGAGAACAAGCGGCAAGCACAGGCGCGGUUGGCGCACGUGGCACGUGAUGCAAGAGCGCGCGCUCAGGCGCAGGUUCAAGCGCAGGCGCAGGCGCAGGCGCGAGCGCAGGCACAGACGCAGUCUCAGGUCCGGGCAGGUGCCGGCUCAAGCACUGGCGGCCAGGACCAGCAUGGCCAGGGUCAGGACCACGACCAAGACCAGCAUGGUCAAGGCCAGGAUGCGAAUCCGGUCCAAGACCAGGAUCAAGAUCCGGACCAAGACCAGGACCAGGCGGCGGGCUCAGCAGACAUGGAGUGGUUCCUCCGCCACGAGCUUGGCGCUUCCCCAUCGGAUCUCGACAUGCGCGGCGCUCGGGAGCCGCAGUCAGUUGCCGCUGCCGCCGUUGCCGCCGCCUUUGCUGCCUCUCAGGACAACAAGAGGCCCCGCAAUGAAGACGACAAUGGCAGCGGCAGGAACGCGGCGUCAAACGUGUCGGGCCCCCGCCAGCACCACGGCAACAAGCGAUUCAAAGUCCCAGAUGCGCGCCUUGCUGGGUCUCGUGUGCAAUCGAAAAUGCCCCAUCUUGGAGCAGUGGACCCGGAACUUGCUUCCCUGGACGAUCCGGAGGACGUUACCGAGCAUGAACAGCUUGUGCGCAAAGCCAUUUUGGAUGCAGACUCCAUAGCGCACCAUCCUGAUUUCCAACACUAUCUCAAUACCGAGGAUGAUUCUGAUGACAAGGCACAGCGCAUGUCCUUGCUUUCCAGCAAGGGCUCGACAGUUGUGCUGGGCGGGAUUCACGACCAUGGCCGAAAAAUCGAGGUCUUGCCAAAAGUUGCAGGUAGGAACUCCGUCUCUGGAGUCGACUCGCACUCGGGCUCUUCUCCCGGAUCGGGCUCCGGCCCGGGUGCCGGUUUGGCCGCCCGCUCGAUGGGCAGAAUACCUUCUGGCAUGACAUUAGGAGCAGGCGCCGGGGCGGGCGCUCACUCUGAGCAAGACAUAUCCAAUAUGAUCCAGGACGCUGCCACUAAAGCAUCCGAUUUUAUCAGCGCGCAAAACCAAUCCACUGGUAAGUCCUUCGAUGCAGUGGAAGAACAGGCCUUGGAGCAUUUUGUCGGCGACUACCAAGCGAUAAAGAAUCUGUCACGCCGGCAAAUAUGUGAACGAAUUUGGUCUAACGAGCGUCGGAAAGACGAUUUCUGGACUAACAUUUGCAAAGUGCUCCCUUACAGAACGCGGUCUUCGGUCUACAAGCAUGUCCGCCGUAAGUAUCACAUUUUCGAGCAACGUGGCAAAUGGACGCCCGAGGAAGAUCAGGAACUGGCUCAACUUUGCAUGGAGAAAGAGGGUCAGUGGUCUGAAAUCGGCAAGACCCUGGGCCGGAUGCCUGAAGACUGCAGGGACCGUUGGAGAAACUAUGUCAAGUGCGGCAACAAUCGUGCAUCUAACAAGUGGUCUCCUCAGGAGGAGGAACAUCUGAAGCAAGUGAUUUCUGAGUUGCUUGACUCUGUGGAGCCUCAAGAUGAUCAGAGUUACGACACUGACGAGGUGCACAUGGACGGGAAGGCGAAGGCGGGAAAGAAGAAGAAGCAAGACUCCAAAGACACGAUCAACUGGACUGUGGUGAGUGAGCGGAUGGGCGGCACUCGCUCGCGUAUACAAUGUCGUUACAAGUGGAACAAACUUCUCAAGAAGCAGGCUAUGAGCAAGAUCAAAUCCAUAAGCGAAGAUGACAAGACUUGGAUCUUGGAGAAACUGAGAGACAUGGGCUUUACGGAAGACUCACAAGUCGACUGGGACGAGCUUGCGACGUUGAUGCCCGGCAGGCAAUGGUCAGGCACCGAGCUGAAGCUCUGUUACGAGAAACUGAGAACCGGUGUAAAAUACUACAAAGACCGCACCAUCAACCAAAUCUGCAAGGAGCUUAUCGGCGCCCGCGAUGAAGGGCUGCCGCUGGAAUCCGAAAGCAAGCUUUGA